ACAGCUGCUGCAGUCUAUGACAGACCCAGUCUGAUAAAGAGGAGCUGCGGGAAAGCUGCAACAUUACCGCCGCGAAACACUGCUCAAACCCCGCUAAGCACCAGAACACAGAAUGCAAAAUACCGGUUUACAGACAGCGAUCUUUCCAUGAACACGGUUGCCGCAAGUGAGGAAUUUAUUAAAACGCUGGAGAAAUGCAGCAAGAGCGCUGUUCUUCCUCCGACAGGCCUCUGGAUCCCGGCGGUCUGCGCACACGCGACGCCGAGCACAGCGCUGCCCGGCUCGGGUGCGCGGCGGUGGAUUUCCCGGUAGCUGUAGUUCUGCCCGCGGGAGGCUCCGGAGAGAGGAUGGGACUGCCCACACCGAAACAGUUCUGCACCAUUCUUAACAGACCUCUGAUAAGCUACACAAUUCAAGCCUUUGAGAGAUUAUCAUGGAUCGUAACUGUUGUCGUUGUGGUUGCUACAGAGAAUCAUGACUUGAUGCUGAAUAUUGUCCGGAAAUUUAAUCACACAAAGGUAAAAGUAGUCCACGGAGGAACCACCAGACACAGGUCUAUCUUCAACGGACUUCAGGCCUUCAGUAACACUACUGACUCAUUGACACCUAAACCAAAAGUGGUCAUCAUCCAUGAUGCUGUACGUCCCUUUGUGGAAGAAGAUCUUCUGCUGAAAAUCACCCUAGCAGCUAAAGAGCAAGGGGCCUCGGGCGCAAUACGUCCUCUGGUGUCCACGGUCAUUGCAACCACGUCAGAAGGCUACCUGGACCACUCGCUGGAGAGAGCGAAGUACAGAGCCAGUGAAAUGCCUCAAGGAUUUCUUUAUGAUAUUAUUUUCCAGGCCUACCAGCAGUGCAGUGAAUUUGACUUUGAGUUUGGCACAGAGUGCCUACAUUUGGCCCUGCAGUACUGUGGCACGAAUGCAAAGCUCAUAGAGGGACCACCGACUCUGUGGAAAGUAACAUACAAGCGAGAUCUAGCAGCUGCGGAGGCUAUUAUUAAAGAGACACUUUCGAUGUCAGCGUGUAUCAUUGCAGGAGCUGAAGCAGAAGCUGUCGAGUUGGCCAAAACGCUUCAGAAAAAUCUGAACAUGAUGGAGACAGACGUCAUUUCAUGUGCAAAGGAGAGUAAUACGGAGUACCUGUCCAAAACCAGAAACUUCAUUCGCAUAUCUAUGAGUGGAUCAAGCUUCUCAGGGGUCCCAGAAAUGGUGAAACGUUUUGAGGACAUCGGCCACGCUCGUUUAUACCCAUUAGUUGUUGUUUGGGUACAGCUGAACAUGACAAAGCAGUCCGUCGAUAGCCAAAAGACAGACGAGUUAACGGCCUUCAUGGGUCUGGCCUCUGAAGUCAUACAGGGAAAUGUUCUGCUCUACGGAAUUGAGAUCGAUCACUCCAAGGUGCCAGAGCAGUGGGAGAGAUCUGUGGAGAGACUCACUCAAAUCACUGUCGCCCUCAUCAGAGACCGAAAUGCUGCUCUCACUGGGCAGCUGCUUCAUGCCUGAAACUGAGGCAGGAGAAGAUGCAUUACAGUAGACCAUCAGGAUGCAGCCUGUGGACUCAAAGACAGCAGCAUGGACUCUCAAAGGUCAAAGGACAUUUGCAAAUGAAAGCAUUUCAAAAUAAAAUAAAGACAGCGAGUGACGGCGUGGUCAGACAGUAAAUGUUUGGAUCAGUUGAUCGAUUUGUUUCAAGGUAAGCAAAUUCAUAUGCAUAAUUGGCCUGGUUUGCCUAGGCUCAUGUACAUCAACACAAACACAAUUAAAAGAACCUGAAUUCUUACAUAUUUUUGUUUGUACUUUUUUUUUAAAAUUAAAACAAAGAUAUAGUUUUGUUGUUUAACUUUUUUUGUUGUUGUUGCAGAUGACACUUAACUCGUAUACUCCUUUCCAUAAUUAUUCCAUUUUAUAUGUCCCGUUUUUAAACUAUAAGAUUGUUAUUAUUAAACCGUUUAUACACAUAUAUUAGGGAUGAAAUCGUGCCUUUAGAGGUACAAAAUCUCAUACCUGCCUUAAUCACAUAAUUGAAAACAAGUUCUGACAAUGAGGACAUUUCUAUAUUUAAUGAAAUGAUGCCAUCUUGUGGAGGGGAAUGAAAAUCAGCUGUUGUGCAUCACAGUUGGUAAUUAUAUUGGAUUUGACAUCAUAACCUUAAAUCCUUAUUGUAAGCUGUUCAGUGAAUGUUUCUUUAUUUAUUUAUUUAGGAUUAAAGAAAUCUCUUCUUUAAGGAAA